UGAUGUGGCUGUACAACAUUCAUAUUUUGGUGUUUGGUUCUAGAGCAUAUGUUAUUCGUGUAUUCUUUGCAGAAUGAUGAAUAUAAAGAUAUUACUGUUGUUUUGUUUUACACAUGUCCAUAUCAGUAGAGCAAUAAAGUCCUGCCAGAAGUUAACAUGUACACAAGAAAUAGAAACACUCCGCGAUUACAUUAAUAUCAGAACAACGAGACAAGAUGAUUUUAGGCCAGCGGUAGAUUUUUUAAAAAGGUUAGGUGCAGAACAAGGUGUGGAAGUAACGGUGUUCGAGGCUAAUUCGAAUGAUCCUGUAGUCAUUAUGAAAUGGCCGGGGCAGAAACCUGCACUACAAAGUAUCGUCCUUCUUUCUCAUAUUGACGUCAACUCUGCGUGUUAUGAGGAUGGUUGGACUUAUCCGCCGUUCUCUGGGGCGAUAAACGAUAACUGUGAAAUCGUAGGGCGAGGAACUCAAGCUCAAAAAUCUUUAACAAUACAACAUUUUGAAGCACUAAGGCAAUUGAGACAAAGCAAUGUAACAUUGCUACGAACUGUGUAUCUAAUUGCCACAACAGAUCAAACAGCUGGUUCGAAUGGUAUAAAACGUUUUAUUCAAACUAAGACAUUCCAAGACAUGAACGUAGGCUUUACAUUGGGUGUGGGAGGUCCGUCCGGGGAGCAGGAAAUCUUUUUGUACAAUAGAUUUAAAACACAGUACGUGAUACGCUUAGAUUGCUAUGGCCAAUCUGCAACAAGUGCCAUAUAUCCAAGUUAUAAUACCACAGCUGCAGAGUUCUGUGGAUAUGUUUUGCAAGCUUACAAUAAAUACAGAGAAGAGCAAUAUAACUUGUCCUUAAAAACAAGAGAUUCUGGAGAUUAUACAGUGGUUAAUUACCUUGGGGGACGGAGUCUCAUUGAAUACGGUAUCAUACCAGCGCACUUAGCGGAAUACUACGUCGCUGACUUGGCACUUAACACCACUGUAGAAGAUUUCAUUGAAAUAGUACGAGAUUGGAUUUUGGAUGCGGGUGGAAAUAUUACGCCCACUUCAGUCUACAAAGAAGAAGGCGGUAGUUAUUACACUAAGACUGACGACAGCAACCCGUACUAUGUGGCAAUAAAAGAAGCUUUUAUUGAUCUGUGUAUUCCAUUUCAAAUUUUAACCACACCUUCUACGACGGACACGACGUCCAUUGUCAAAGUCGGUAUUCCUGCCUUUGGAUUGACACCGAUACGGAACACACAGGUCUUGGUGAAUGGAGUUAAUGAACGAUUGCCGUUGACCACAUACUUUGAAGGUUUACGUAUCGUGAAAGAGAUAGUAACGCGUCUUGCUAAUGUACCCAAAGACAAAGUGGCGGAUGACCCUUCCACUUAUUUAGAGUCAGCUAAAUGUAAUAAGUAAUUAUUCAGAUGACUGUAUGUAAAUAAAAAAGGACAAAAAAUCAUAGGAGAA